AUGCGGAAGAGGGAAGAUGGGAAAGAGGGUGGUUUCCCCCAUUUCCUGCCUCCCCUACUUUCGCGGUCACAGUGGUGUCGUCCGAACGUCGCGAUAAAAACCUCCUUGCUGCAAGGUUCCGAAGUAGAACGUUGGAGGCCUGAACUGCGUGUGAGAACUGCUCCUCCCCUGCUGCUGGUUAGAGCCGCAGGGUCCAGCCGUCGCCAUGCAUGUCAAAAUCAAGGUGGUGUAUUGGUAAGAAGCCAUUGCAAGGAAAAUAUAUAUAUUAUUGCUGCUGCUGCUGCUGCUGCUGCGGUUAUUGUGCUCCUUUCCGCCUCCUUUUUAUUCGAUUGCUGGGAACGCUGUUCGUCUGAACGGGCCAACGGGCCAUUCCUUAAAAGGCGAACAGAUUUUUUUAUUAUUGCAUAAGCUUUAUGCUGCUGCAUCAUCCAUUUGCAUCGUGCAUGUGGCGAAGGAGACUCGAGCCCGCCAUAACCCCGCAAGGUUCCGCGUUGGGGUUUGCUGCCAAGCAAGCUGAUGGCGCCACGCCUCUCGAAGUCGUUUCCUUCGUUGCUGCGGUGGUGAUCUUGCUGUUAUUUCUAGAGCUCUCCGUCGACGACAGUGAAAAUGGCACAGGAUGCCGGUUUCUCUGCCCGGGGGCGUUUGGGUAACCUGGGGAGGGAGGUUCCCAUGGGACCUCUUGAAGGUUGGUGGUUUCGUCACUUGAUAUGGGUGACCCAUCGGUUUAUUGCAACGUGAAUUCUGGAUUUUGGACUUUCAUGCAUUUUGAUUGCAAAUUGGCCUGAUUUAUAACUUGUUAUAUAAUCCAGACAGAAGUGUACUAAAUGCCUCUAUUAAUGUGCAGCUUUGCUGAAAUAUUUAUAGUGCUUUCAACGUUAUUCAGGAUUUUUAUUUUUAAAUAAGGGAACACAUGGUAUCUGAUUGCAGAAGAGCAGUGAUUGCUGGAAAGCAUGUCUCACAAAGAUUUGGGCUACCAAAAGGUAGUAGCAGUAAACUCAGGAUAUUCAGUGGUAAUGCGAGUAAAGUAGGUAACAUGAAGCCAAGGUUUGGGUAGCCGCACUUCCAGAAACGUAGUAUUGAGGAUCCCUAUCACAUGACAGUUCAAUGUGGUGUCCUUUUUGCCCAGAGAGAGCAUUGAGUGGCGUUGCUCAAACUUCUGUUCCUUCAGCAGAAAAGUAGCGGACAAAUUUUGACUAAGCAAACUUCGGAGCACAGUUGGCUAAUCCUGGCAGCCGAUCUGGCAAGAGUUCAUUAGUUUUGAGUGACUGUUACAGGUUGCCUCUGAUGCGCAGGCAGCUCAAAACAACUCCCUUGUAUGAGCACCAGAUCACUGGAUCUUUUCUGCUAGAGAGCAAGUCCCAAGUGUUUAAAUGUAAGCCUCGAGCCCCUCUGAUGUCCGGCUGCAGGUGUCAAAACAGCCAGGAAAGCAAAGUUGGAAGAGGUUAAGGAGAGUUAAAGAUUAAAAUCAAGAAUUAUUUUGGGUUGAAUUUUAAAGCCCAAUGACCCGCUUGCACAGGCUUUAGGCCCCACUUGUGAGUCGUGACCCACAAGUUGGAGAAAUGUUGGACCAGCAGAGUCCACUUCUUCAGACUGAUGCGAGCAAUUUUGUACAGUGCUUGACAUGAAUCCACCGUUGAUGUCCACAUUCCCACAGAUAGACAAAUGAAGGUCCCCAUGUUAAGCUGCUCAUGAUGUGUCACUGGCCGGUUGUCUUCAUAAAUGUAGCUGUCAGUGGUCAUAGGGUAAUUCAAGAAAUUCUUUGCUCACCAUAAAAAAGAAAACCCAAGCAAGGGGAAUGUUUAUUAGAAACUUGGAGAAUUAUAAAACUGAAAAUGGAUCCCCAAACUUUCCUUGUUUUUAGUGGCUUUCUCUUCUUUACUAAAUGGGACACGGGUGGCGCUGUGGGUUAAACCACAGAGCCUAGGGUUUGCCGAUCAGAAGGUUGGCGGUUCAAAUCCCCGCGACGGGGUGAGCUCCCGUUGUUUGGUCCCUGCUCCUGCCAACCUAGCAGUUCGAAAGCACGUCAAAGUGCAAGUAGAUAAAUAGGUACCGCUCUGGCGGGAAGGUAAACGGUGUUUCCGUGCGCUGCUCUGGUUCGUCAGAAGCAGCUUAGUCAGGCUGGCCACAUGACCUGGAAGCUGUACGCUGGCUCCCUCGGCCAAUAAAGCGAGAUGAGCACCGCAACCCCAGAGUUGGUCACGACUGGACCUAAUGGUCAGGGGUCCCUUUACCUUUAUCUUCUUUACUCAACUUCAAAUGUUGCUCUGAGGUCUGCAGAUGUACUUGGUCAUAACGUUUGACAAUGUGGGGCUCUAGCCAGCUAAGCACCUGUUUAAUGGUUCUAUUCAGUGGCGUGAAAGAGAGCUUUUUGGAUCCAACACCUGAUCUCGCUGACAUAUAAACUGUCUUCUACCUCCCGCUUCUGAGAGUCUUCCUGAAUAUGCCUGUUUGAGGGGCUGUAGGCAUUGUCUGGUUUAACCAAGGCUGUCUGUGAUGUUUCACCUCUUGGAAGCAGCACACAGGGCUCUUAACUUUGCCCUUGGAUUCAGUAUCAAGAAAAGCUAUACUUGUUACAAUCUGUUAGUCAACCUUGUAAAUGAGUCCACAAAAUUUACCAACCUGCCACUUUUUAGCUCGCCUGCUCUUUCACGCUAGCCAUGGAGGGCAUCUGGAAAUCAGAGCAUCUUUAGAGAACUUGUGAAAGCUUGUGGAACGCCGUCUCCCAACAUUUAGCAUCCUAAAUCAGAAGAAAUAUUGGGGGGGGGGGGAAUAAACACAGAUCUAGAAGCUGUGAUGGAACAGCAGAAUGGGAACCAGUGGAUUGAAAUUUUAAUGGGAUCAAAAGUUGUAGGACCCAUCAAAGUUAUAUUCCUGGCUCCAUUUGAUUGCUAGACAGAAGGAUUGCUGCUUAAGGGAUCUGGCUAGUUGCAGGUGGCCUGGUGACUACAGAAGCCAGUUCAUGGCCGGUGGGUGGAGAUUAUGGGAGUUGUAGCGCAGCCACAAUUUCCAUCUUUGCUUUGUGCUAAAUGUGAUGUCGCAGUAACGCUUGCUUUUCCUUUUCUUGUAGUGGGGCCUGAGGAUACAGUCCCAAGGUGAGUAGAUCCUUCUGCCUGAUAUGUAGCAAAACCACUUAACAUCCUGGUCUGCAGCCUGGCUGAAAGAACCAAAAGUAACUGCUGGUUGGAUAUGGCGCAGCGGUAGUGGCAGUUAGCGCCGGACCCAAGCAGUAUUUGCUAGCGCAGUAGUCAUGCCUGUAUUAGUGCACCACAUAUUUCGCUUCCAGGGUUUCUAAUGUUGGCAGGGAAGAUCCCCUCGAAUUGCUCUGGAUCUCUCUGCAUCCUACAGAACAUGGGAAGCUGCCUUAUACUCAGUAUUGUUGACAUUGACUGGCAGUGAUUCUCCAGGGUUUUGGAUAACGUCUCUCUUCCAGCCAUACCUGGAGAUUUCAGGGAUUGAUCCUUGGAUCUUUAGCACUCAAAGAUGUGCUCUGCUAAAGAACCACAGCCUUUCUCAUGGCUUGCAUGUGCUAAUUGAGCACAGGGGUUGAGUCUGAGCUGUUGGCAAUGCAAAGGUCUUGGCCUUCCUCCUCUCCUGAUUCUGAUUCUGGACUGCUUUCUGCCACAGAUUCUCCCUGCUCACUAAGCCCUGUUACCUCUUCAGCUUCUGACACCUCCUUUUCCUGGGCAUCUCCCUUUGACCACUCAUCAUCAUCCCACCACCAGACCGCAGGCUCUGAGCCUUCUUCCCUUGGGGUUCCCCAGCUGGUCUCUGUGUCCAACCAGUCCAUGAGUGCUUAGGGAGGGCUUUAACUUUCUCUGAUAACCACAGCUGUGAGUUGAUGUUUCGGAACUCUUAAACAACUUCUCCCUCCUCCUCUUAACUUGUAGUAUCAGCAGCUCAAGAAGGAACUCGAAAAGGAGUUUCCGGGCAAGCUGGAAAUGGUAAGUAGAUCCGGGUGCUGCUGGCACAAGUCGUCUCGCUGACCUGUGACCCGUGCGAUUUAAGCAGCAGGAAGGGAAGGAAUUUGGCAUUUCAGUUGCCUCUUAGCGUGGGAUGCAAGAUACACUUUAACUCAAGGCCCUCUGGGGCCCGGGCCCUGACACACACACACACACACACACACACACACACACCCUCAACAAAGGCACCUGGUAUGGACUGAAAACCUGCAAUGCAUGUCCUGACUUGUUUUGCAGAAAUCACUGUAAACCAGUGGCUGCCUUUGACAGAGAUCUCCACCCUGCAGAUCCCCUUCAACUUGCAGACCCAGGAUGGUGUUGACUAGUUUUCUAGGCUGAUGACUCAUCUGGCUAGGUCAUUAGUUCUUUAAACAGAACUAAGGCAACACCCUAUUCCUCCAUCUACACCCAGUAUUGUCUGCUUGAGUACAUUUUCCGUGCAACUCUGGUUCUCCCCGCCCCCAAACUCCUAUCCCUCCCUAAAAAGCAUCUAGAGCUUUCUUCCUUGGUAGAGUUCAGCGGGGAAAGAGCCCACGCAUAGCAGUGCUUAGCAACCUUAUAUCAGACGUUCAGCUUGGCUGCUGGUCUUGGCAGCUUGGGAAAUAAGAUGUUGUGAUCUGAGAACUAAAUAGUGACCAACGAAUUGUUGGGUUUGUACUCUCCCUAAAGAAGGAGAACCCAUCUUCUUGCCUCUAGCAUGCCCCAGGCGUCUUCUGCAGCGCACAGGAGAUGUUGAGGUAGAUGGUCUGGCGACAUCCUGCACAUGGGAGGGCUGGGUGAGUGGGGAGGCAAUGCUGCUAAGUGUGUGCUGUCUCUAUCUGAAGGAGCAUCUCCACCCCCAUCGUUCUACCCGGACACUGAGGUCCAGCGCUGAGGGCCUUCUGGCGGUUCCCUCGCUGUGAGAAGCCAAGUUACAGGGAACCAGGCAGAGGGCCUUCUCGGUAGUGGCACCCUCCCUGUGGAACGCCCUCCCACCAGAUGUCAAAGAGAAAAACAACUACCUGACAUUUAGAAGACACCUGAAGGCAGCCCUAUUUAGGGAAGCUUUUAAUGUUUGAUGUAUUACAGUAUUUUAAUAUAUAUAUUUUUUGGAAGCUGCCCAGAGUGGCUGGGGAAGCCCAGCCAGAUGGGCGGGGUAUAAAUAAAUUAUUAUUAUUAUUAUUAUUACUGUCGUUCUCCAGAAAAGCUUGAAGAAUAAAUUGUGGCAUGCUUGCAUCUAAUGAUAAUCCAAGAUGCGCAAUGGCUCCUUAAGGUGGUUUCAUCCCCUCCCCCCCCCCCCCACUUUCUACCUAGACUGGCGAAGGGACUCGUGAGUCCACAGGAUGGUUUGAAGUCACGGUGGCUGGGAAGCUUGUGCAUUCCAAAAAGGUGAGUCGUUCUGGGGAGCCCUGCUUGGCAAGGCAAUGGAAGGCCAAUACUUUUUAAAUAAAACUUUUAUUCAUUUUUUUUUUCAUUCAUUACAUCCAUCUCAAAUUCUCAACAUUACUAUGUAUUCCUUCCUCUCUCCCCUCCUAGGCUUCCCCCAUCUCCCGCUUCUCGUUUGUUUCUCCUUUCACCCACUUUGCUACCUCCUUUUUUUAAUAAUAUUUUUUUUUAAUUUUAACAUAUAAAUUGUAAAAUGUACCACAAAACUUAUCACUUAUACAAUCUUUUUAGACUUCCAUCAGCACCUCUGAUGAUCUGCCGUUUUAACCACUUCUUAUGCAUUUCUUAACUUUAUAUUACCUUUACAUCUAUUAACAAAUCAUCCUCCCCCUUGUCCAUUUUUACAAUACUUCUAAUAAGACUCCUCACAAAACUUCUUGCAACCCUACAAACGUCGUCUGUUCUUCAAAAAUACUUUUCAAAUACUUUGCUACCUCCUAACAGUAAAAGUUACUAAUGACAUAACAUCAAACAUAAAAGUAAAAGUAAAUACACUGUAAUAUUUCUUCUACACAUUUUCUAAUGUGAAUGUUUGUUUAAAUCCUGCCAUCAAGUCUAUCGACUGUCUUUGUUUCUGCAAGUAUAAUGUAUAAAUGGUUCCCAUUAUUUUUCAAAGCUGUUGUCUUUUUCUCUUUGUCAUUUUUGCCAAUUCUGCAUAAUUCAUCAACUUCACUUGCUCUUGUUCUUUAGUUGGUAUUUCUCCAGUCUUCCAAUUUUGUGCAAUCAACAUUCUUGCUGCUGUAGUGGCAUACAGAUGGAAGGCCAAUUCUUGAGCACACAGCUAUACAAGGUGGUGGGUGGUUGCAGAUUAUUCUCCCAAUGCUGGAAAACACAAUUUGGCAACCUUACAAGAUUUUGUGUGUGUGUGUCUCUUUCUGAACUCCGGAAGUUUUAGAUUAUUUGCUGGGGUGGUGUUUUUCUCCCUUCAAGAUGGAGGAAUUUUCAGAGAGAUGUGUGCAUGUUUUAAAUUUGCUCUGUUAAAUACCAUCUUGGGGACGCGGGUGGCACUGUGGGUUAAACCACAGAGCCUAGGGCUUGCCGAUCAGAAGGUCGGCGGUUCGAAUCCCCGCGAUGGGGUGAGCUCCCGUUGCUCCGUCCCUGCUCCUGCCAACCUAGCAGUUCAAAAGCACGUCAAAGUGCAAGUAGAAAAAUAGGUACCGCUCCGGCGGGAAGGUAAACGGCGUUUCCGUGCGCUGCUCUGGUUCGCCAGAAGCGGCUUAGUCAUGCUGGCCACAUGACCCGGAAGCUGUACGCGGGCUCCCUCGGCCAGUAAAGCGAGAUGAGCGCCGCAACCCCAGUCGGCCAGAACUGGACCUAAUGGUCAGGGGUCCCUUUACCUUUAAAUACCAUCUUAAGCCAAUUCAUUAGCCUGUAACCCUUCAGGUAUUAUUGGCCUGCAGCUUAGGGCAUUGGCUGGAGCCAUGGGAGUCUGGAGCCCAAGCAUUUCUGGAGGGCCACGGAUCCCGUCUCUGCACUUGCACAUGGAUGUGGUUGGGGAAGAAAUGGACUAUCCCUUUUUCUCCCUGGCACAGUAGGAGUUAAAAUGUGGGAGGACUCUUGUGGGAGAACAGCUGAAAGGUACAGUCCACACACCUGUUGCAUGUGCCUGGGCGUGGUGUGGUACAGUCCAGCCAGAGUGGUACUUAAAUGCCCACAUAGUCCUUUGUUAUUCCCCUCCCCCCCCAAAAAAAAAUAACAGAAGCAGGCCAAGUGGAGAGGUUUAUCUGUUUUUUUAAAUAAUUUUUAUUGAAUAAUUUUAUGCUACAAAAAACAUUACAACCAUACUACCACAAAAUAUAAUUGAGACAUAAAAAUUACAUACAUCAAUAUUUUGUUAUUUGUUAUUUACCGUCUUAUUUCCUCCCAAACAUUCCGUACAAAACACACACACACACACGGGGGGGGGAUUAAUAAUGAUAAUAAUGAAAAUAUUUUCCCCCUUGUAUCUUACAAAAUCUUUUCUUCAAUUUUGACUUCCUGUCAAGUCCCACUGCAUAUGUUUUAUCUUACAACUGAAUGUACACAAAACAAUAAACCUUUCUAUAUAAAUUUUCCAAUUAAGUGGAGAUGUUUAUCUAAUCCAUAUGGUCCUAAAAAUUGUAUUUAUAUAAGUUUUUUAUUGUUAAAUUGCUUUGGGAUGCUUCCUGGGAAGGGAUUUCUAGAUGAAGUGAAUGAAGAGUAAAAGAACAAAUUAUCAAGUAGGCAAGAAUGCAGCUUGUCCUAUAAUAAAAUAAUAAAAAUUUUAUUUGUACCCUGCUCAUCUUUUCAGCGUAUACAAAAACUUAAUAAAGCACUAAACAUGAAAAACUUCCCUAUAUGGGGCUUUGGGCAAGUGCAGAUCUAAGAGUUCAAAAAUGAAAAGGAACUUCUGCGCUGAGAAGCUGAAUUCUGCGAGUGGCAUAAAUAAACUCUACAGUCACAUUGUAAUGUAGCACCCAAAGACCAGUGUGUACCAACUCUGUGUCCUCAUGGCAUCGAUCUGUCCCUACACCGUAAAGGAACCCUAGGCGGACAAUGAUCAAUCUAGUAGCUUCUGAAACUUUUUUGAGAGGUGGGAUGGGGACUUCCUUUUCUGACCUUGCUUUUUCUUUCUGCCAGAAUGGAGAUGGCUUUGUAGAUGAUAGUGCCAAGCUGAAGAAGAUAAUCAUGGCCAUCAAAGCCGCCUUGGCGUAA